ACCGCUUGUAAGUAAACAUUCUUAGUUUUGUUGGUUUUGUUGCAAUAAGUGUUUACCUCAUUUUACCUCUCAGUUCCUUUCCAAACUUUUAGGUUUUUUUCUAUAAAUUGUCCAACGAAACCGAGAAAACUAACUAAAAUAAGCCUACCUAAUAGUCAAGAUCGGAGUCACGACGUGAAAAAUGUCUUCACCAUCGCUACUCCAUCAGGGCCAAUCGGUUGCAGCAAUCUGUCGUUUGUGUUUUAUGGAACAAGUCCCGACCGAUUUGGAGCCGAUUUUCGACGACGAUAGCGGUUACCUGAGCGAAUGGAUCGAGAAGCUCACUUCACUGAAGAUUACCAAUGUACCGAACGCACCCACAUCACUGUGCUCCAGCUGUAAAUCAACGUUAGAAGCCUUUGAUUCGUUUCGAGAGAUGUGCAUUACCAACGAUCAUGUGUUCAAGGAAACAUUUUGCCAGGAUACCAGACGGUGGGGGGAGUUGACUGAUGGAAAUGAGGAGCAGACAGAUGGUGAUCAACAAACGGAAGACGUCGUUGAACGAAACCUAAAUGCAUUGAGUAAAUCAGGAAUACAUGCAGAGCAAGAGGAAAACGAUGUUUCUGUAAUACAACUAUUGGUAGACGUCUACGAAUCUGAUACGUGCGAUGAAACGGAUGGUAAAGACCGAGACAUCAAUCAAGAAGGAAAUUUCGACGAACCAAUGGAGGCGGCGUUUGCUGAAGACGCAAUCCAAACCGAGUAUGAGCAGAUGGACGGAAACAUUGGUUCAGAUGAACACACAGUGCAGAUAGAUGUUGCGAAUAGAACAGUAAAUAGCUAUCCUAUGUCAGAUUGUCGUCAAUACCCAUGCAAAAUUUGCAAAUCAUUUGUAUCAAAACUUCACAUACUGACACACAAGGAAACGUAUUUAUUUGAAUGCUAUAUUUGCUCGGGGAGAGUUCAGCGAUACAAGUAUAUGAGCAAGCAUUUUUAUAGAUGGCACAGAGAAAUUAUGAUUGGUAUGCCGGCUGAAACCGAUAUCGACAAUAUUAACUAUCAAUAUAGUAAUGAGAACAAUUGCCAAGUUCAAACUGGAAACAACAGUGUGCCUUGUACAGGACCAGAAAAUUUCGAUUUCAUCACGGAAUCUGCGCCAAUUGCUUAUAUUUGCAAGAUAUGUAUGCAGGCUACAUCCAAAUUACAUGCGAUAUCUCACAAGGCGGUAGGAGUGUUCCUGUGCAAUGUCUGCAAUAAGACUUUCGACAGAAUAGGACUGUUAACCAUGCACGCGAAAUCACAUUCAAAGAACCAAAGCAGUCUCGUUUGCAAAGAUGCAUCAAACGAAAUUAUCGAUCUAUGCGACGAUCAGCCAGAAGGAACCCCAGUUUCAACGGAAGGAGACUUCGAAGCACAAAUCGUGGGGCAUACCAUACCCAUAGGCCGUGGCGCCAAAAAAGAUGAUUCUCGCUUGAAAACCUCCGAAGAAUAUGGCAAAAAUUUACGCACGGUAAACGGGGAACGGUUCUUCUGUAAAAUUUGCAACAACUUUGUAUCGGAACUGCAUCAAACGACUCACAAGGGGAAAGACUUAUUCACGUGCACUUGUUUGCAAACGUUUCCCAGGUUCGCUUUGCUCAGCAAACACGUUCAAAGUCACAGCCACAGGUCUUACGAAUGAACGUCCCCCUAACCAAAUACAUAAGUGACAUAUAGCCAUUUUGUGGGUUACGAACAGCUCCCAUAGUCCCAUUACUAUUCAGCAUUUAUUCAGCGCCAAAGAAAGUAUCAACGCUGUUAGUAAUCUCAACUAGGUAUAGGUACGUUAUAGACAUUCGGAACAACCUGUUAUCAAGCAGAAAAAAUAGGUUUGUCUAAUAAAGUGGUAAUAAAGUUGCCAAGAAUUAACUUCACAAUGUUAAUUUUCAGUCGGUCGAAUAAAUGUAAAUAUAUUUUAUGCUGGUUACACGGGUGUCUAAUCAAGCUUGGAAAUGAAAUUCCCUGACUUUUAUAAACCACGUAGGCCACGUUUUGGUCAUCUCAGGAACCCCAAUAGAAAUACACUAGAACUGCAAUGGCGCUGUAGUUGGCUGUAGUCACUUUUCUCAUUUAAUUAUUUUAAUAACUUGAAUUACAAUAACUUACUAUUUUUAAGUGGCCAUCUUGUAGAGGACCUUUUGUUUUGGUAAACAAAUUUAACUAGACACUUCUAGUACCGCUGCUGACGCUGUAAGGGCGUGGCAAACUAGAUGUUAGUCACAUGAACAGUCGCGACAUUGGACUUCUGUGGCUAGUUAUUGUACUGGAACCCCAAACCUCCCAACACGUAACGGUGGUAGAUCACUUUAGAAUGUUGCGUUGCUGUGCAUGAGCAGCGUGACGAAUGGGCUCAUUCUGCGAAUGGAGUGACGUGACAAAAGUCGAAGUCGUAUAUCGAGUUGAGAUAUCUCGACUCGAAGCAAGUGACUCGCCGUGUAAAUCAAAUGGAAAGUAACCUCAUUCGAGUCAAGAUUUCUCACCUCGAUAUUGGAGUCAAGCUGCGUCACGUCACUCCAUGCGUAGAAUAAGCACCGAAGUCUAGUUCCGACGAUGAAGCUUCCGAUAGCACAGCGUAACAAAAAAUAACUUUUUGUCUGCCUCAAGAGCAAACUUAU